UCACUCACACUCUCUCUCUCUCUUAUUAUAAAAGGCUUUGUCACAGACAACUUUUUCUGCACUCUUUGGUCCUUUUUCUUUUCAACACAGACCUGUGAAGAAGGAUCGAAAUCCAAGAAAAUGGGUUUUCUAUUUCCAACUCUGUUUUUAUUAUCUCUGUUUCUUCUAUUUUCUUCCCACCAAACAAAAGCUCAAGAAUUUAACACAACAACAUCAACUACCAUUUUCAAUAGUAGUAAUGAGAGAAAACUUGCUGGAAGAUGCAAUUGGUUUCGUGGUAAAUGGGUCUUUGAUUCUUCAUAUCCUCUUUAUGAUCCUUCUUCUUGUCCUUUCAUAGAUCCACAAUUCAAUUGUCAAAAGUACGGUCGCCCCGAUACUCAGUAUCAGAAGUAUCGGUGGCAACCGUUCACGUGUUCUUUACCAAGGUUCAAUGCAUUGGAUUUUCUAGCAAAGUAUAGAGGGAAGAAGAUUAUGUUUGUUGGUGAUUCUUUGAGCUUGAAUCAGUUCAAUUCAUUGGCAUGUAUGAUUCAUUCUUGGGUGCCAAAAACAAGAACUUCAUUCUCAAAAGAGAGUGCUAUUUCCACAAUAACUUUCCAGGAUUAUGGUCUCCAAUUAUUUCUAUUCCGCACACCAUACUUGGUAGAUCUUGACCGUGAGAACGUUGGACGUGUUCUAAAGUUGGACUCAAUUAAGAGUGGUGAUGCUUGGAGAGGAAUGGACGUGCUAGUUUUCAACACGUGGCAUUGGUGGACCCACAAUGGAAAUGCACAACCAUGGGAUUAUAUUCAAGAAGGUGGCAAGUUAUACAAAGACAUGAACCGUUUCAUUGCAUUUUACAAAGGUUUGACAACUUGGGCUAGAUGGGUUAACAUCAAUGUAAAUCCAACUCAAACUAAGGUCUUCUUUCUAGGAAUUUCGCCUGUGCAUUACGAGGGUAAAGAUUGGAAUCAACCAGCAAAAUCAUGCAUGAGUGAGACACAACCAUUCUUUGGUUUGAAGUAUCCAGCAGGGACACCAAUGGCUUGGGUGAUAGUGAAAAAGGUGUUAAGCAGAUUAAAGAAGCCAGUGUAUUUUCUAGAUGUAACAACAUUAUCACAGUACAGAAAAGAUGCACAUCCUGAAGGAUACAGUGGUGUUAUGCCAACAGAUUGUAGUCAUUGGUGUCUUCCAGGACUUCCUGAUACUUGGAAUGUGCUUCUUCAUGCAGCUCUUUUUGGUUGAAAUUGAUCGAAGCAGUAGUAGCGCAUGUUUGGUAUUAUAGUGGAUUUGUCAGAAACAUUGUGCAUCAUGCACAUCACCGUGAUUCUGGCAAAUCUAUUGUGAUAUCGAUUAUGUUGGAAACUAUAUUAUGUUUCUUAAUUAGUACAAUUUAUUAGUGGAAAAGGAAAACCCAUUGUUUUCUACCAUAGGAAUUAUUUGAUUUAGUAUUUUGAGUUAUUAUUGGCAUUGGACAAUAAAAGGGUUGAUGCUAUACAUUAUUGUACAUUUUCAUAUAAUAUUAUUUUAGCAGAAACCUGCACUGAUUGUAAUUUGUACCAAAUACACUCUUUGGAAUAUUGAAAAGUACUUUUUAAUGCAAAGAAGUUUCCUCUGGAAUAAUGUUGCUGA